GCACUUUUCCCUGGUGGUGUAGAUGAAGAAGACUGAUGAAGACGGACUAAGUGGAAGUGAGGCCACAGCUGCUUUGACUGAGGUUUAAACUUGAGGUAUGAGGAUUAAAUCUUAAAACGAUCAAGAUAUCUGAGUCAAUUUAUGAGGUACAAGAAUGAGAAAGACUGUUAAGAAAUAACAAGACACAUUCAGUGUUGACUUUUUAAGUACCAAAUGUAAAGGAUACUGAAAUUUUCCUCAUUUUAUUAUAUGAGAAUAGAUACAUUUGAAGUUCAUGGUCAGACAGCAUACUCUACAUUCAAUACUCAUGAGACCACAUCUGCAGUAAAUCUGCUACACACAGGUUAUUUGUGUUGCCCUUCACAAACCUGUUGAUAUAACGGGCUGCCUAACCAAAAUACAUGACCGUUUUUCUGCCCCAGCACCAAAACACAUAACCUCUGUGUUUUCACUCAAACACAUCUAAAGAACUGAACCUGCAAAUGUGGGGUUACACUCACUGUCAAACAUCACUGACUCCCUCACAGAGAUAUCACAGGGCAAGAGAGGGAUUGUACUCACUAUUGAGCCCCCGACCGUUGUCCUCUACUAUCUCUCUUUCUCACUUGCGGUUUUAUUUUUAGCUUUCAAACAACUGGUCUCCUAAAAAUGGGCCUGUCCUGCACAAGUAGGGGGAGAGCACUGCUGCUAUGUAUGGUAUCCACCCCCACCAGAACCUCACAGGGCCGACAGUGCUCCUCUUUUGCCUUUAUUUCUGCAGAGAAAAGCAUGGAAGAGUGACCACAGUGGAUAAAAGAGUUGUAAGGUCCUGAGGAUGCCUGUAAAGUCUGGAUUCCUCUGCAAAGCUUGGGUUGCUUGAGAACUGCUGCUGACAAUUAUCUUCAGCUUUCUUCAAGGUUUCCUGUCACAGGGCUUUGGUGACCUUUUUCAUCGCAGUUUGAUUCUGUGAAACUAAAACUCACUCUGACCUUCUGGGGGUGUGUGGUUAUUCUGCACCAUGCUAUCCCUGUGGUUGUUCCUGCUCCCUUGCCUGAGCCUACUGCCUCUGGUCCCAGCUGAAAAAGGCCUGGAGUUCCCACAGUAUGACGGGAAAGACCGGGUCCUUGAUGUCAAUGACAAGAACUACAAGAAAGCCUUGAAAAAGCACAGCAUGCUCUGCUUGUACUACCAUGAGCCCAUACCGGACAGCAAGGAGCUGCAGAAGCAACACCAGAUGACUGAGCUGGUGCUGGAGGUAAAAUGAUGGACUGAUUACAGUUCAAUAAAAGGUUAUAUCACAUAAAAAUAUACAAUAGUUGUCAUAGUUUGGAAUGAAUGGUAUAUGUGUAAAAGUGGUAGUGGAUGUGAAGUAUUGAGUCUAAAAAUAAGAGCUGCUGGAGUCUAAAACUUCAAAUCGUAUUGCUUUAAUUUCUGUAACAGUGAGUUUCACCAGGAUUGAUGCAUGUUUUUUUCAGCCUAGUGUCUGCUACUACAUCAUGCUGUCUCUAUUUGCAAAUCUAUUAGUGCGUGUUGUAUCUAGGGAAUGCUACAAUCUGGUAAAAACAAGAUAAGAGCUCAGGGGUGAAAUGUAGUUUUCAAGGGGGAAAUAUAAUCUCCUCUAUUGUAGGCUCUGGUGGACCCAGUUCGCUUAAGGUUAAUUAAAAAAGGCAACAAAACAGCUAAGCUAAUCAGCUAGAUACAUCUUGAACUGAUAGCUCAUGUGAAUCCCUCUGUUUGAAUCCCACAUAGUAGGAAACAUUGUGCACUGUGCCCUGUAUCAGGUUACAAGCGGCUGAGAGUGAACUGCUCUCUGAUCUGCAGAAGGUAAUCUGAUCCAAGUCCUGAUAUUAGCUUCUCUUAUUUUACACAGCACAGGUGGGCCAUGUUAGUGUAGAGACAGGCAUGGAAACAAUGCACCCUAAAGAUGUUACAGCUGAUCACAGUCGGCUUUAUGCUGUAGGCCUAAUGAUUACUUGUGUACAAAGGCAAAUGUAGAUUGAAACACAUUUUAUUGCUUUUCUAAAACAACUUUGGUUUAUAUUAAUAUGUUUCAAGCCUAUUUGAUUUACUACACAAUUGUCAGGAGAAAUUCAGACAUGCCUAAGAGGAAAUUUUGUGCUGAGGCCCUAAGCAGACAUGCAUCCACACAUUUUCUUCCAAUCCACUGUCCAGACACAGUCAAAUCUGAGCAGAUUAAUUUUAGUAUUUCAGAUAACAACACAAGUUUCACUGCAAUAAAUACGCAUUUUUAGCUAUUUUACUUUUCUCGGUAUCUCUUACAACAAAGCUGAUUUUCUUGUAAUUGUGGUCCUGCUAUUACUCAAAAAAGCCAGUCCAGUAAAAUCAUAAAAUACAUUUGUAGGAGGAAAAUUGUAGAAAUGCAGAAUAUAGUAUUUUUUUGCAUCUAAACUAAAAAAAAAACAACAGAGAGCAAAAAUAAAGAGGGAAAUCAGACAUAAGGCCAGCUAAACCCACUAACCCUUUAGCUAGCUUUAGGCUCAUGCUAAGGUUAGCAUUCAGCCUCCUUCUAGCCAAAGUUGUUAUAAAAGAGAGGUCAGUUUCAAGCCAAAGUUAUCUAAGUUAUGUUUAAACCCUUUCUCGUUGACAUGUAAGACUAACAAUAGUAACAGACUAUUGGCUUUCAGCUAUUUCCAAGCUAACUCUGAUGUUAAAUGCUAAAAAUAGCUCUGAUGCAUUAUUAAAGAUGUUUUUUUACUUGAAUAUUGGCCAUAUUUCCAUGAAUGAAAGAAUCUGUCCAACACCUGGUUAAAUAUAACACACAUCCCGGACAAUAGUUAUGUCAAAAGUCUGAUCAAACACUCUGAGGAUACCUCUUUUUGACAGUUUUCUCUUUCUUCCUGAGCUUUUUGCCCUGAAUUUAAGGUAACAAAGAUAACCGAAAGAAGCACAUCUAAAACAGGAGACUCUCUCUCAGCUCACCUACUGUACUUCAUGGAUCAAUUGCCAGAAUAAUUCCUCCUGCUCUGGUUAUAUUUAGAUCAAGGCAGUCUGGAUGAUUAUGUAACUGUGUCUCCGGUGCCCCCAGGCAGCUUUAGCGCCUCUGUCAUAUUGCCAACUUUGGUAUUAUUUCUUUUCCUCAGACCUUACCUGGCCCUUAGGUCAAACUCACAUCCCUCUUUCCCUUCACAAAAUCCACUUUAACAUGCUAUUCUUUCAGGAUCUAGGAUUUAUUUCUUCAGUGCUCAGAAUCUAAAUACUUUCUACAUGUACAGUCACCUGCUUACCACUUAGCCCUACAUGAAAUGUCUUUCUUUUCUUUCUGUCUACAGCUCGCAGCUCAGGUGUUGGAGGAGAAGGACAUAGGUUUUGGCAUGGUCGACUCCCACAAGGAUAUAAAAGUGGCGAAAAAGCUUGGUAAGUCCUGACCAAGUCACAAUACACCAUUUUCUCAUAGUGGCCAUUUCUCUUGGAUUUUUCCAUAUUUGGGAUGAGAAGCUAAAAUGCUGUUUCAGUGCUUACCAUGGAUGUGUGUGUUUAGUUGACUGAACAGGUUAACAUUGUCACCCUACUAGCUCACACCAAGAUUAUCUGGUUGGACUUACAAAUAUUUGAUUGCAACAUUAAAACAGAGCAUUCUGUUCUCAGCAUGACGUCAGAAAAAAUGGGUCCUGUCUGGACAUAUUUAAAGGGUACUGAAGUAAAAAAGUUUAAACCCACGUCAUUUCACCUCUUAAUCACAGGCCUGGAAGAGGAGGGCAGCGUAUAUGUUUUCAAGGCUGAUCAUGUGAUCGAGUUUGACGGCUUUCUCUCUGCGAACACUCUGGUGGAGUUCUUAUUAGAUGUAAGUAAAGGGUUUCAGGACAGAUUCCCAUCAUUUUCAACAAAAAAACCUGUGCCCAGUGCUCUUAUUCAUCUUGUCAUCUGUCUGUAGCUGUUGGAGGAACCAGUGGAGGUGAUUGGAAACGCUCUGGAGCUGAGAGCCUUUGACAGAAUGGAAGAAGACAUCCGCCUCAUUGGUUACUUCAAGAACGAGGACUCUGAGCGUGAGUGUGUGAGGUUGUCAACAUGAAUGAUACAUGUAAAGUAUGUUUUUUACCAUCUGAGUGCAGCUCACUGCCUCGUUGGAAGAGUCUGGGAUGAGCUGUGUGCGGCUCAUGCCCUUCAUUAUAAUAGAAGUGCAUUUUAACCCCCUCAUCUCCAUGGAUUUACAGAUCCAAUUUUACCACUGCUGCUCUCACAGCUGCCGCUGCCCUGCUCAGUCUCACAUGCUGUGGAAGAAGUGAGAGUAGAGUAGAGCUGAAUCCCAUCUGACCAACUGUGGGAGGAUUAAGGGGAGGUCAAAGUUCAGCUAUUUCCGCUCCCUGAUGUGCAAAUGUCAUGUAUACAACAGCAAAAGACAACACAAACAGAUGUGUGAUCAGGAAAACAAGAGCAUAGCGAAAAAAAAAAAAAAAAAAACCUGCUGCAGGAAACAUGUGAGCUGACAUCCCCUCUUUUAUCCUCAGACUAUGAGGCGUUUAAAGAGGCCGCAGAGCAGUUCCAGCCCUACAUUAAGUUCUUUGCAACAUUUGAGAAAUCUGUAAGUAGCUGAUAAACAAAUAAACAGACAAAUAAGUUAUGACUGUUCUUGACUGAUCUGUCUUCGUUGCUACAGGUGGCAAAGGAGCUGACUCUGAAGUUGAACGAGGUAGAUUUCUACGAGCCCUUCAUGGAGGAGCCUGUCACCAUCCCAGGCAAGCCUCACUCAGAAGAGGAGCUGGUCGAAUUCAUAACUGAGCACAGACGGUAAAUAAAGGGCAGAAUUGAGCUUAAUGCUCCAAUAAAUAAUAAGUGUUAGAUAACUUAUUUUGUUUACUAUGAGAAAUGCAUAUUUUAACCAGAGUUUACUGCUUUUUGAAUCAACAGACCAACUUUGAGAAAACUGCGUGCAGAAGACAUGUUUGAGACCUGGGUGAGUUACAGCUGUCAGGCUGGGCUGAAAACUUUUGCAUGAAACUUGCAGUGACUUGACAUUGAUAUUCUUCUUCUCAGGAGGAUGACAUCGAGGGUAUUCACAUUGUUGCUUUUGCAGAGGAGGAGGACCCUGGUAAGAGCGAGUUAUAGAUAUUGAAACCAACCCCAUGCCUGUAUUCAAAAAGAAGCCACUGCUGGCAUGAAGUUAGCUCAAGACUUACCUGAGUUUGCCAGUAUCUGAUGGCCAUAAUUUACAGACAUAGCCAACCCUGACCUGAAGUGAUAUGUGAAUUUGCUUCAGAUGGUUUUGAGUUCUUGGAGAUCCUGAAGGAGGUUGCAAGAGACAACACCCACGUACCUGAGCUCAGUAUCAUCUGGAUUGACCCUGAUGACUUCCCCCUGGUGAGAACAAAUGACAAACUCUAGUCUUAUCUGACAGGAAGUCUUGUACGUCAACUGUUUAGUCUUAUCAUAAUUUUCUGACUCUCUACAGCUGAUUCCAUACUGGGAGAAGACCUUCAAGGUGGACCUGUUCAGACCUCAGAUUGGAGUCGUCAACGUGACAGAUGUGAGUCUUCUUGUCUGAUUUGACAGGUCUGUUGUGUUUGUGUAGAUGUUUUCUGACUUUUCCUCUCUGCAUGUUUGUGAACAGGCCGACAGCGUGUGGAUGGAGAUGGACGAUGAAGAGGAUCUGCCCACCGCACAGGAGCUGGAGGACUGGAUUGAGGACGUGCUCUCCGGUAAAGUCAACACUGAGGAUGACGAUGAUGAAGAUGAUGAUGACGAUGAUGAUGAUGAUGAUGACGAUGACGACGAUGACGAGGAGGAAGAAGAAGAGGAGGACAAUAAUGAAGAUGAUGAGGAGGACACUGAUGAUGAUGACGAUGAGGAGGACACCGAUGAUGAUGAUGAUGAUGAUGAUGAUGAGGAAGAUGAUGAUGAUGAGGAUGAUGAGGAGUAAUCCACUGCCUGAAACUGUAGCUGUUGACUCCUCAGGCUUAGUUUGACAAACUGUACAGUAAAAAUCACUUUUCACAGAGAAAUAAUCCCAAAUUCAUACAGAAGAUGUGCCAGCUCGUAAUUAUAAUAAUAAACCUAUUUAAUAUCUAUAUGACAUUUUUGGACCAUGUAAAUAAGCCUGAAAAGGGUGUUAAAAUUAAAAAUAAAUAACUAAUAUAUACACCUAAA